CCGGCAAAACUUCGCUGGUUAAGGCUAUUCAGCAUUUAGGAGAAGAGCCAUGGAUAUCUUUUGGUGUUGAUUCUCUUUCAGCAGCUAUACCAACCAAGUAUUUUAGUGAUUCUCCAGGGGGCAUGAAAGCCACUGAGGGCGUUAAGUUUAUAUCGGAUAUUGACAAAGAGGGCUUUCCUGUUUUGCGAGUUGAAACUGGCUCUUACGUGAAAAGAUUUUUUCAGACC